AUGCCACCAGCUCUUAAUAUCGAAAAUUUCGAUGAAGUUACUAGUAAACAAUUAACAUUUGUUGAAUUUUUUUCACCAUAUUGUAGUCACUGUUUGGCAUUGGCUCCAACUUGGGAAAAAACUUAUAAAUUGUUUAAAGAUGAAAUGGCAAAGCUUAACAUUGAAAUGAAACAAGUCAAUUGUGUUGAAAGUGGUGAUUUAUGUGAACGAGAAGAAAUAUUUGCAUAUCCAAAUUUAAGAUUAUAUUCGCCUGAACGCGAUAGAGAAUCUGGUGAAUAUAAACCAGGUAAGCUGAAAUUUGUCGAUUCAUACCCUAGAAAUUUGAUGAGAACUGAAGAUAAUUUCAAAAAAUAUAUGAAAAAUUCAGUAGCUGAAUUUAAUUCCGGCUCAAUUGAUUUACCAAGUGCUUCAAUUGGUAUUUCCGUUGACGAAAUACUUAAACUUAUUACUGGUGAACAUAAUAAUGAAGAACCAGUGUUUGUCACUUUCUUCCCAGCAUCUGAUAAACAGUGGAAAAUGACUGAUGAAAACGGUAAGAGUCAGUUUGACAGAAGCUGCCUAGAUUGUAUCGAAACCAAACAGACUUGGGAUAAGUUAUCCAAUCAUAUCUUGAGUAUUGUCAAAACUGGCCAUUUUAACUGCUUCACCAAUCCAACUGUUUGUGAAAAAUUGGGAUUUCAAUCUUUAACUCACCCAGGGACUCGUAGUAGUCCCAAGUUUGUAAUGUUUUUACCUAGAACUGCUGGUAUAUUAAAAAUUGAUUAUAAUGGAGAUAUUAAUGUUAAUGCAAUGAAAAAGUGGGCAACAAAAUUAUAUGAAAAUUUCCAAUAUGAUACUGUUAAUGCCAAAGAUUUAACGGAAGUUAUGGAAUUUCGUAAAAACUUACCUUUUGAACCAUUGAACUCUUAUUAUCCAUUAGCAAAUAAAAUCUCGGUGGUACUUUUUUAUGAUAUAGAUACCGUUACCGAAGAAGAUAAAGCAAUAUUACCAUAUUUGUUAGAACUGGUUACAAAAUCUCCAUUUAAUAUCAACUUGUACACUGCUAAGCAUAAAAAAAUCGAGACCAACAUCGAAACUCAAGCUAAGAAUUUGGUUGAAUUUAUAAAUUAUGAUGAGAAUGCAAAACCUUGGAAGUUUGAUAGAUCACUGUUUUUGGCAAGUACUUUAACUACUAAACCAACGUUAUAUGUAUUUCGUGAUAAUACGUUAUUUACCAGUGUUUAUCAGAGUUUUGCACCCGAAGAUAUCAGAGAUGUUGAUAAAUUAGAUAAUUUCAUUAAAGCAAACCAAUACCCAUUGUAUCAAGAACUUACACCCGAGCUAUUUGAACAUUAUUUCAAUGGUAAAGGUACCGAUGAUAAGAUUGUUGUUACGUUUAUUGAUAGUGAAGAUGCUCAACGUACUAACAAGGAAUUUUAUAAUAUAUCUAUUGCCGCUCAUGAAUACCAUUAUAUGAAAAAACAAUAUUAUUUUGAAAAAUUAAAUAACGAUCGAGAAAAUAAAUAUGAAAAAGUUAAAAAAUUGAAAGACUCGAAAGCUGAUAGCACCCAAGUGAUCAAAGCAAUGAGAGAAGAGAUUCCUCAUUACUUCAAUGACAAUGAGGUUUUAUUUACUUUUAUUGACUUGGCCAAUGAACCAGAGAUGAUUAAAAAAUUGGGAUGGAAUAUAAAUGGAGAAAAGUAUCAACCAGGAGAUUCAAUUAUUGUAAGUAGAGAUGAUAAAUAUUAUUGGAAUCAAAAUUUACAAGGUGAACAAUUAACCAAUGAUCCUUAUAAGAUGAAACCAAUUUUACAAGCAUUAUUAGAAGGUAAAUCCAAAUUACUGUAUAACUUGGUUGGAAGUCCAUUUGGGAAACUGUUAAGAUACAUGGAUAUCAUUCAUUCGAGAGGGUUAUUUGGAUAUAUCCAAUUAAUUGCAUUGAUUUAUGCGGCAUACUUCAUUAUUUCAAAACUCAAAGGUAAGAAAUGGAAACCGGGCCACGGAAGAAGUAGAAGCGCACAAGGGUUGGGGAUAUUAGGAGACAUCAAUCUACCAAAGAAGGAUUGA